AUGUCUUCAUCGAAUGGGGUCUCUGACCCAGUGCCGGUGGAUUCUGACGACCCGAUGCACUCAGACCCGGAGGUGUACACAUCGGACACGGACAGUACGGACGAUGACGGAUUUCAGCCCUUCGCGCUACCAGAUUUUGGUGACGACAUACAGCUAGCUGAUGGCAUUCCAGCCGGGGAUCCACCUCUUGCGGAGAUCCCUGCUCUUAUUCCAUUCGCUGCACUUCCCGUCGAGGAUUUGCCACUUGAUGUAGUGUCAGAUGAUGACGUCGAUCUUUUCGAGGGUCCCCCUGAGGACGCCCAUGAGGGCGGGGCCCCGAUUGCGGAUGAUGUCGCUCUUCCGUUGGUUGAGAGUCCUGAUAUGGAGGCUCAUUCUUAUUCGUCAGUCCCAGAUUCUUUUGAGUCGGUAGCUUCCUCUAUUCCACCGUUGGGAUUUGGUUUCUUCCCUCGUAUUGUCGAUGAUGAGGAUAUAGAUAUGGAGGACGAGUUAGUCCUCGAGGAGCAGCCUGCUGAGGCUCCUUUUCUCCCGGAUGAUCAGAUUCUUGAUAUGCCUGCUGAUCAUCAGCCUGCUCUUGUUGAUCCAGAGCCCGAUAUAGUUCCAGAGCCCGUUCCUGCUCUUGACCCUGUUCAUGCAGAUGCUCCCGUUUUUAUACCACCAGUUAUUGAUGCUCCUGCCAUACCACCACCAGUCAUGGAGAUUCCAGUUAUGGCACCCCUGCCUGACCCCGUCUUUGUUGAGUUACCAGUCAUUGCACCACUAUUUCCCGAUUCAACCCCUGUGCAUGCCGAUCAUGCACCUUUUGCUACUCACAUAGACCCUCGUUUUGCGGACACCCUUAAUGGGUGA